CUCGCCCCAGUCUUGGGAUGGAAAGAUGCGGAAUUCUCCCGGAGGAUCACGGUUCACAAAAAGUGCCUCGUCUCGCAAGACCUCGGAUACCAGGUAGGACGUCUCCUAUCUCCCUCGUCCACGGCCCCAUCCUCGGAUGACAGAUACAGACCCCCGGUGAAGGGCUUCGUAAUGGCAUCGACCAUCCCGAGGGAGAAGCGGAGGAGUCGAGAUCGCUGUCGUUCUGGCUCCAUCUUCGCCACGAUGUCGACAUUCUACGUGCCCUUGUUCGUGAUCCUCGCUCUCUACUGGCAAGUAUUCAAAGCAGCGAGGAAGAGGAUCCGACGGCGACUCGGCGGCGGCGGCGGACGAAGCAAUCCUCCGCCGACCGUCACUUCUUCCCUCGGCCCACCUGCUCCACCUCCUUCGCCUUCCCCUUCUUCGGCUGCCUUCAGGGAAGAACUACCCCUCACGACAAGGACUCCCAUUUCAUCCACUUCCACCAAUCAAGGGCCUCUACCUCAGGAAAAUGGAGGAGACAUCCAAAUUAGUGAAAUGGAGUCAAGAUUAGUGGAUCUCGAUGUCUCUUCGGCGCCUCAAAUUCCUCCUCGUAUCGUGGAGACGAAAGAAGCCGAGGAGGACGGCGAAGGAGGCAAAUCCAAAGAUGAGGAAGAAAAAGCGAAGGCAAAAGCGAGGAAGCGUCGACGCCGCAAGCGGAAGCGCGAGACGCUGGAAGCGAAACGCGAGCGAAAGGCAGCCAAGACCCUGGCGAUCGUGACGGGCGCCUUCGUCGUCUGCUGGCUCCCGUUCUUCGUCACGGCCUUGAUCCUUCCCGUCUGCCCUUCCUGCCCCUUCCUCAGCGACUCCCUCACCAGCUUCUUCCUCUGGCUCGGUUAUUCCAACUCCAUGCUCAAUCCCAUCAUCUACACCAUCUUCAGCCCGGAAUUCCGGGUCGCCUUCAAGCGGAUCCUCUGUCCGCAUUCCCGUUUCAAUCUGCGACGUCCCGCCAACCGACUCUGAACCUUCGAGUACCUUCCUGUACCUGCGCCUGCGAGCGGGAGAAGAUCAAAAGUUUGUCUCUUCGCCGUCGAGGAAACGAGAUGCAAUGACGUCACAAGGAUGCACGAACGCCCGAAUCGAGCCCCACGAGGCAUUCGUGCAUCUCUUACCCUCGGAAUUGCUUCUCGUUUCCCCGUUCUUGUUGAACAUCGACCCGACGAUCGCCGAGAGCUAUAAAAUAAUCACCUCGAC